CAUUCAAAUUGUUAUUAUUAUUAUUAUUAUUAUUAUUUUCCAUUUCUCUUCUUCUUUAUUAUUUCCGCUUUAAAUAUAUUUUGCAAGAAAUGUCUCUUUGCAUAUAAAAACUCUCUCUUCAUUGGCUUUCUCUCUCUCUCUCUCUCUCAUCAACACAGAUUACCUCAGUCUCUUCAUCUUUUUUCUUGUACAUAAGAGUCUCUCUGUCAUCAAGAAUUCAAGCAAAUAAACAAGAGCAAAACAAGAGAUGGGUUUUGCUAAAGAAGUGCAAUCAAUCAUUAGACUAUUGAGAUUUUUAAAGACUCUAUUUUUCUUGAUCACUCUGUUAAUUUCUUUUCUUGUGUUCUCUGCACCAGUUCUUCUUGUUUUAGCUGAUACCCUUCUUCCUUUCUCUCUUCUUUCUGCUUCUCUUUCUCCUUCUUCUUCUUUAUCUCUCAAAACCCUUUCUUCCCAUUUCAACAACUAUGAUUUUAGAUACUCUCUCAUUGAUAUACCCCUCAUAUCCAUAAUUAGAUCAGCUGUCAUCAUCUGUGUUUACAGUUUGUGUGAUGGCCCAAGAUUAUCAAGAGGGCCCUAUUUGGGGAUUACAACAAUAUGUUCUGUUUCAUCACUAAUUUAUGUGUCAUUAAAGGCACCCUAUGUGUUCAGUGUCUCAAGGAUUGAAGAAGAUCAUGAUAAAGGAGAGUAUGUCAGAGCCAUGGAAAUUGCUUUGUUUGCUUGUUCCUUUGUCUUAGCAAUUGGACAUAUUGUUGUUGCAUACAGAACAAGUUGCAGAGAAAGAAGAAAGCUUUUAGUCUACAAAAUUGACAUUGAAGCUGUUUCUGCUUGCAAGAAUGGAUUUCCUGGAUACAAGAAGAUUCCAAAAGAAGAAAGGGUCAAGUAAUUUACCACAGAAAAAUGAAGAACUAACAAACAUCAUACAUCAAAUUCUUAUGUACCCAGUUGUAGGUAAUGUUCAAAAUCCCUUUCUGUUUCUAGAUACAUCAUUGCCUGAAACCAACUGAUCACCAAACUAACUAAAUUAUCUCCAUUUGGCAAUUUUGGGCACAGGUUUAUCUAAAAGACAAAUCUGCAAGUUAGAGGUUAUUGAAGAAGCAAAACUAACAAAGAGGCUAGGGACUAACAAUUAGUACCCACAUUUUAGAUAUCAUAUGUGUCACCUUUUUUUUUUCUUUUUAUAUAGUAUAUAGGGAUUGUACUAAUGGUUUUGUAUCACUAUAGAGGUUGUGGCUUGAGUAUACAAAUAGCAUUAUUUUCUUCUUGGUAUUGAUUGAUUCAACAUGUACAUGUAUAGCUUUUGUAUUUACAUUACAAAAUCUGGAAGGAUUAUACAUAGUAGCCAAAAAUACCCUUGUUUGAAACAUAAAGUGGAUGUUUUUACUUGUCACAGGACUCUUUCCCUGAUGGUUAGAGUAAAAAAAAGAUCAAUGAAUCAAGGAGUGUUAUUAGA